AUGGGGUUUUUUCAGAAGGGUGCAUUUUUCGUUCUGUGUGGUCUCCGUUUGAUUCAUGGGACAGUUGCGUUGUCGCUAGCUGAACCCGAGUACAACCAAAUUGAAGACCGGACCCAGUACACUUACCCUUACACCUGCCCUUCUAUUCUUGUUGGCACUGGAGAUACAUGCGACGAUUUGGCUUCCAGAUGUAGUAUCUCGAAAGCAUCGUUCACUUCUUUCAACCUGAAAACUGUGUGCUCCUCUUUGUCUCGCGGAACACCCGUAUGCUGCGGGGCGGGAACAACUGUCCUUCCACCCGACAGUGGUUAUUACUGCUACGCUUAUACUAUCCGCGCUGGCGAUACCUGCGCGAAGAUUGCCGAGGGGUACAAGAUCACAGAGGCUAAGAUAGAGACUUGGAACAAACAUACCACGGCAUGGUACGGGUGCAAGAAGUUGCAGCUUGGGGGCCAGGUUUGUCUCAGCGACGGCCAACCCCCAAUGCCAGUUGCAAUUGGUGAUGCAGUCUGUGGUCCCCAAGUACCUGGAACAGCACGUCCCAAGAUGUGGACUGAGAUUGCUUCUUUGAAUCCAUGCCCUGCGGGUCAAUGUUGCUCUACAAAGGGUAAAUGUGGCACUGGUGCAGACUUCUGUGGCUCAUCUGCACCCGCAGCUGCCGUGCCUCCUGCGUCUGCAACCAAAGCUGCAACCAAAGCUACAUCUACUACAUCCAAAGCUACAUCGGUGAAGACUACUUCCACAACUCAAGCUACAUUAGCUACAUCUGAAACAAAAAAUGCGCCAUUGUCAGCUAGAAGUGUUGUAACAAUGACAGCCGCAGCUGUGACAGUUACAGCCAAAGCCAAAGCUGCGCAAAAGAACGCGAAUCCACACGCUUUCACGACAGAUGUACCCUUGGUAGAUGUACCCUUGACAUUUCUACAUCCAGAGGAUACCAUGUCCACCACGUCAGCUGCCGCUCCAACUAAUGUUGACCGCUUCAAACAGAUUCAUGAGCUCGCUCUAUUGGCGAGCCGAAUUCGGAAUUCAAAAGACUCCACAACCACAACCACUACCAAAGCCAAACCUACUACAACAACCAAGAAGUCCAUCAAAACCACCACAACCAAAGCCCCCGUCACCAAGACCGUGAAUGGUGUUGUCACCUUACCUAGCGGGUGGUCACUGAAGAUGUUCGAUGACAUAGGCUGCACUGGCAGCUACGUUUUGCUUCAAGGCCACAACAAGAAUUUGGAGGACAGUGACUGUAUGAAGUUCCGCCGUGCGAGUAAGCUCAAGACCGAUGUUACCGACUCAUCCGUUUCGUGUCGUUGGUGGACUAAACCAAAAAGUGGUAAUUGGGAGUGGAGGGACUGUAAAAGUGAUGCUUUGAAUAGACCUAGAUCUUGGCGUAUGUCGAAUGGUCUCUGUACCGUCUCUCCUAAUACGCAGUGCGAUCUUGUCAAUGAUGUUUCCCAAACUUAUGGCUGGCGGGGUCCUGGUUUGUGCCAUGAUCGUGAGACGAUGGAUCCGACAUUUGGAUCUUUGAAGUGUUAUGUUGGAUAA